AUGUCUGCGCCGCCCGAUCCACUGCCGCAGGCAGUGAUCGUCAACAACGAGAAGCUCCAAGCCGACAACAGCGCCAGUUCAAGGUCAGCUUCUGCGGACGAAGCAAAAGUUCCCGGUGUGACAUUGCAACCGCCCAAAACAAAGAAGAAAUGGAAUCAACGACUCAACCCCUUGCGUUGGCAAGCGCCUCCACCGGUGCCUGACGAGCGUACACCGUCCCGAGAGUAUGGCGCGUCAUUCUUGAGUAAAGUGACGUUUCAAUGGAUGUCUCCGUUGAUGAAGGUUGGAUAUCUACGACCGCUUGACUUGCAAGAUAUUUGGACGGUCAACCCUGACCGAGCGGUCGAUGUGUUAUCAGAACGGUUGGACGCCGCGUUGCAAAAUCGCAUCGCGCGUGGUACUAAACGCUCGCUCGUGUGGGCCUUGUAUGAUACCUUCCGCUUCGAGUUUCUUCUUGGCGCCGUUUGCCAAAUCAUCAGUUCUCUUCUGCUGGUUUUUGCGCCGUACUUGACCCGCUACUUGAUCGCCUAUGCUACCGACGCUUAUGUAGCUCAACAGACUGGUCGCCCGGAGCCCGCCAUCGGGCGUGGUAUGGGAUUUGCUGUGGGAAUCACCGUCAUGCAGGCAACACAAAGCUUGUGCACUAAUCAGUUCCUCUACCGGGGACAAAUGGUCGGCGGUCAAAUCCGCGCUGUGUUGAUAUCACAGAUCUUCAAUAAAGCGAUGAAAUUAUCGGGUCGUGCCAAGGCGGGUGGACAGGCAAGCGACGCCGAGUUAAAGGCUCUACAGGCGACCAAGGAGUCAUUGAUGAAGCAGGACGGCAAGACAAAGCAGCCCGACACGAAGCCAUCAGUAGCAGGUGCCACUGGUGGCGUUGCGGGAGACGGUCGCGGAUGGAGCAACGGCCGCAUUGUGGCGCUCAUGAGUAUUGAUGUUGAUCGGAUCAACCUGGCUAUGGGCAUGUUCCAUCUGAUCUGGGCGGCCCCGGUCAUGCUUAUUGUGACCUUGGUGCUGUUGCUGGUCAACCUCGGGUACAGCUGUCUUUCUGGAUACGCGCUGCUGGUCUUUGGCAUGCCAUUCUUGACCUAUGCCGUGAGAUUCCUGAUCAAGAGACGCCGGAACAUCAACAAGAUCACCGAUCAACGUGUAUCUCUCACCCAGGAGAUUCUGCAAGCGGUUCGAUUCGUCAAGUUCUUUGGUUGGGAGAGCAGCUUCCUCGGACGAUUGAAGGAUCUUCGCAGAAGAGAGAUUAGUUCGAUUCAAACCCUUCUCGCAGUGCGGAAUGCGAUUCUGAGUGUGUCCAUGUCAAUCCCAGUCUUCGCCUCGAUGCUUGCCUUUAUCACCUAUGCCUUGACGAACCACGAUCUUAACCCAGCACGAGUCUUUUCUUCACUGGCCUUGUUCAAUUCGCUUCGUCUGCCGCUGAACAUGAUGCCCCUCGUGCUCGGCCAGGUCACGGACGCAUGGACCGCUCUGAACCGAAUCCAGGAAUUUUUGGACGCCGAAGAUCAAAAGGAAGACAUCGAGAAAGUCGAGACCAUGUCGAAUGCGAUUGAGAUUGAGGAUGCAUCCUUUACUUGGGAGCGUCUGCCCACCGACGAGAAAGAAGGCGAGGCAUCACAAAAGAAAGGCGCCAAGCAUUCAGAAGUGAAAGCUCUGACUUCUCCGGACGAGAAGCAGGAUGCGGAGACCGCUGUGUUGGAGCCAUUCCGACUCAAGAACAUUAAUUUAGAAGUUGGUCGCAAUGAACUCCUUGCGGUCAUUGGAACUGUCGGCUGCGGCAAGAGCUCUCUUCUUUCUGCGUUGGCUGGCGAUAUGCGUGUGACCGAGGGCAAAAUUCGCAUGAGCACGACGCGGUCUUUCUGCCCGCAGUAUGCCUGGAUUCAGAAUGCCACGGUGCGCAACAAUAUUUUGUUUGGCAAGGACUAUGAUGAGUCCUGGUACGAGCAAGUCAUUGACGCCUGCGCUCUCACCCCGGAUCUGGAGAUUCUCCCGAAUGGUGACUCCACAGAGAUCGGAGAACGUGGUAUCACGGUAUCUGGAGGCCAGAAGCAGCGUCUCAACAUUGCUCGUGCCAUAUAUUUCAACGCAGAGCUGGUGCUUAUGGAUGAUCCUCUCUCUGCCGUCGAUGCUCACGUUGGGCGCCAUAUCAUGGACAAGGCUAUCUGUGGUCUCCUCAAGGACAGAUGUCGCAUUUUGGCAACUCAUCAACUCCAUGUUCUCAACCGCUGUGACCGAAUCGUUGUGAUGGACGAGGGACGGAUUCAUGCUGUGGACACUUUUGAUAAUUUGAUGCGGGACAAUGAACUUUUCCAAAGACUCAUGUUGUCAUCCAAGCAGGACGACUCGAAGGAAGAGAAGGAUGAGGCUGAAAUUGCCGAGGACGUUAUCGGCGAGCCGGAGGGAAAGACUCUGCCCAAAAAGACAUCUCCCGCAAGGCUGGCGGGUCCUGCCCUGAUGCAGCAAGAAGAACGAGCCACUGCUUCUGUAGGAUGGAGCGUGUGGAAGGCUUAUGUCCGUGCUUCAGGCAGCUACUUCAAUGCCGUUGCGAUUGUCAUCCUUCUUUGCCUUGCCAAUGUUGCCAACAUAUGGACCAGUCUGUGGUUGUCUUAUUGGACUUCGAACAAGUACCCGAACUUGUCCAUGGGCCAAUAUAUUGGUGUCUAUGCAGGACUUGGCGCCUCGCACGAUGCUGCAACGCGCCAUGACGCGUGUUCUUCGAGCCCCCAUGUCCCCUUUUUUGAUACCACGCCCCUCGGCCGAAUCACCAAUCGCUUCUCCAAGGAUAUCCAAGUGAUGGACAACGAGCUUUCAGAUGUGAUGCGUAUCUAUGCUCUGACUAUGACCAUGAUCAUCUCAGUCAUGAUCUUGAUCAUUGUGUUCUUCUACUACUUUGUGAUCGCAUUGGCUCCUCUAUUUGUUUUAUUCCUCCUGGCGUCCAACUACUACCGGGCCUCUGCGCGGGAGAUGAAGCGACAUGAGUCUGUCCUGCGAUCGAACGUCUACGCCAAAUUUGGCGAGGCCAUUAGUGGCGUGGCUUGCAUUCGCGCUUACGGCGUGGAAAACCAGUUCCGGAAAAGCAUCAGAAGCUCGAUUGACAUAAUGAACGGCGCUUACUUCCUCACUUUUUCGAAUCAGCGAUGGCUCAGCAUCCGCCUCGAUGCUGUCUCCAGUGCACUAGUCUUUGUCACUGGUGUUCUGGUUGUCACAUCGCGAUUCAAUGUGUCACCUAGUAUCUCCGGCCUAGUCCUGUCUUAUAUCCUGUCGAUUGCUCAAAUGUUGCAGUUCACUGUGCGACAGCUUGCCGAGGUCGAGAACAACAUGAAUGCCACUGAGCGUGUUCAUUACUACGGAACCGAAUUGGAGGAGGAAGCACCACUGCACCGUGUUGAGGUGCCUGCCAGCUGGCCCGAAAAGGGCCAUAUCGUGUUUGACGACGCGCAAAUGCGGUAUCGCGAUGGCUUGCCUUUGGUUCUCAAGGGUCUCAGUAUGGACGUCCGUGGUGGUGAGCGGAUUGGUAUCGUGGGACGAACCGGUGCAGGCAAAUCUAGUAUCAUGUCAGCUUUGUUCCGUUUGACAGAGCUGUCAGGCGGCUCUAUUCACAUUGACGGCGUUGACAUUUCCACCAUUGGUCUGCAUGAUCUUCGUUCACGACUCGCUAUCAUCCCACAAGAUCCUGCCCUCUUCAAAGGCACCAUUCGUUCCAACCUCGAUCCUUUUAAUGAGCACACUGACUUGGAAUUAUGGUCCGCCCUGCGCAAGGCAUAUCUCAUAGGAGACGAGACCAUUGGUCCGGAUUCUGAGAUUGUCGAUACCAGUUCAGGCUCGGGAGGCACGACGCCGGUGAUUGGCAGCGACGCGAAAGCGCGAUCGGCAAACCGUCUCAACCUCGAGUCUGCCGUGGACGAGGAAGGACUCAACUUCUCCCUCGGUCAGCGGCAACUGAUGGCCCUUGCGCGUGCCCUGGUGCGCGAUGCUCGCAUCAUUGUCUGCGAUGAAGCCACUUCCUCCGUUGACUUUGAGACCGACCAAAAGAUUCAGUAUACCAUGGCGCAGGGCUUUGAGGGCAAGACCCUCCUGUGUAUUGCGCACCGACUGCGGACCAUCAUCCACUACGACCGCAUCUGCGUUAUGGAUCAGGGACGAAUUGCCGAAAUGGAUACUCCCGUGGCGCUCUGGGAUCGUCCAGAUGGCAUCUUCCGGGCCAUGUGUGAUCGCAGUGGAAUAUCUCGAGAUGAUAUCCUAUCAUCCACGUGA